AUGUCGCUCAGUUUCUGUUCCGAGUUUCAGCUGGGCUUGCAGAGCGUGCUUGCUGCCGACGGCGAUACGCAGUGUCUGCCGUUGGACGCGAGCAAAGAUGAGGCAAAGGGGACUUUGUAUGAAUUCAUUGAUGUUCCACCUGAAGUUUGUGAAGGUUCUGGCGCUGCAGAUGAGGGUUUAGAGCAUUCUUUCGGGGGCACUGCCGCUGCGUGCGGCAGCGCAGCGCGCAGCAGCAGCUCCUCGGGGAACUGCAGCAAGCCGGCGCUCCUCUCCAGUUUGUUUUCCCGCAGCUUGCACGAGUCCGCAAAAGCAUUUAAAGAAUCCAAAUAUGAAGACGUUCUCGAGGAUUCUGGGGAUCCGCCCCACCGCGAGAUCAUUUCGCGUUUCUACCGACUCAAGGCCAUCAAGCACCCCCACCUCUGCGCCUACACGAACGUGCUGCGUUCAAAAAGGCGAAUUUAUUUGGUUUCCGAGUACUGGUCUUUGUCUCUGCAGGACAUAAUCGACUCCUGGAACGAAGAAGGUGCUGCGCAGCCCCGCGAAACUGCCCCCACCGCAGACCCACCGCCAGCAGCAGCAGCAGCAGCAGCAGGGGCUGCGCCGGCGAGCUGGGACCGGGGAAAGCUGCAGUUUCUGGCGCGGGUGGCCGCGGAAACUCUUGCUGCAGUGGCGCACCUGAAUAGCUGCGGGCUGAGCCACGGGCGGCUGCAGCCGCGCACCAUCCGCAUAGACCCGCAGGGAAAUGUGCGGCUGAGCGAGUGGGGCCUCUCUUACCUCACGGGGGGGGCCCUCUUGGCCCCCACUGCAGACUUGCUGCCUCCCUUCUCACUGCUGGCCCCUGAGCAGCUCCUGGGGGGGCCCCAGCUGCUCCAGCUCUGCCCCGCUUCUUCCAAACAGGACGUCUGGGCCCUCGGCCUGCUUUUGCUGCAGGUGCUGCAGCCCCCCUGGGGUGUACGUACACCCGAAAGCGGCCCCCCAAGCAGCAGCAGCGGUGCACCAGCAGCGGCAGCAGCAGCAGCGGCAGCAGCAGCUGACCCGGAACAAGCUGGUAAACGCGAAAGCCCGCAUGCAGACACCGAGGAUUCCCACCGGGGAAGUCUUGCUGCUGCUGCUGCUGCUGCAAAUGGAGAAAAGGGAAAUGACACUCCCGGGUGUACAGACAGCUUCAGCAGCAAGCUGCAGCAAAUCACCCAGCUGGUGCUCUACUGCGGCCUCGGCCUUGACUUCCAAGUCCUCCGCCCGCUGGACCCCGCGCCAGACGCAGCAGCAGAAGCAGCAGACUCGCCCGCAGCAGCAGCAGCAGCAGCAGCAGCCACGGCGCCUACAAUUUCUGCGGUGGGCACGGAACUCUCGCGGUGGCUGCUGCACCGGAAGCUGCUGCUUCUCAAGAUGAUGGCGAAGGCAGCGGGCCCUCCGUGCUUCAUGCUCGCGCAGUGUACAUACACUGCAGCACCCGCCACAGCAGCAGCAGCAGCAGCAGCAGGCGGGAGCGGGAAGCAGCCUUUGCAGCACGUCGCCGGUGCAGCGGAAGCGCCGGGCAGCAGGGAGCCGGUGCCAACCAGUGGUCAUGCCGGAGCAGCAGCAGCAGCAGCAGCAGCAGCAGCAAGAGCUUCUCUUGAAGAAGCUGAGUCGAAGCUGUUUGAAAGCUGCUUAGUGGAACUGGUCAAAUGGCUCUCUGGGGCUUCGCUGUGUCACCGCAGCCACUUUGGCUGCUCCCGCUGGCUGCAGCAGAAAGCAGCAGCAGCAGGCAGCACGCCCGAGGCGCCAGCAGCAGCAGCAGCAGGCGGCAAGCCAGAGGAACCUGCAGCAGCAGCAGCAGCAGAAGCAGCAGCAGCAGGGAGCGAGGCUGCUGCGCGGCAGCAGCUGCUGGAGGAGCUGCAGCAAGUGAAGCAGUUUUUGCGGGCGUGUUUGACUGUGCAUCCUUCGAGCCGGCCGUCUGCUGCUGCGCUGCUGUGUCUGCCGUGGCUGCAGCAGGCGCAGCAGCAGCAGCAGCGCUGGUGUCUGAGGGGCGCGGAGUGUGUGGGGUUUAUAGCGGAGUUGAAGGUGCAGGAGGAGCUGAGCAGGGUUUUGAAAGACCUCGAGGAGGGCGAAGAAGCAGCAGCAGCGCAGCAGCAGCAGCAGCCCGCCUUCCCCUGGCUGCCGCACUCCCGCUGGGGCCCCCGCUGCAGCAGCAGCCUCGAGCUGCUGCAGCGAAACCACAACAUAGGCCUUGAGGAGUUCUUCUACUGGUGGCAGCUGCAGGGCGGAGACGUCCACGCUGCGCUGCUUGCUGCUGGCGCCUUCAGUUCGGUGGGGGCUCUGGCUGCUGCUGCUGCUACUGCAACAGCAGCAGCAGCAGCAACAGCAGCAGCAGCAGCGGCAGCAGCAGCGGCAGCAGCAGCGGCAGCGGCUCGCCGGCGCCCCCUGCUGCAAAGCCGCACGGCGAAACAGCAGCAGCAGCACAAGCAACAGCAGCAACAGCAGCAGCAGAUGGGGCCUCCCAGGGGCCAGAAAGUGUUUGUUGUGGGGAGGGUGGAGAUUUAUUUUCCGACUCUUUUUUUAUUUCGGGAUUUACGGAGGACAGACACUGGAAAGAUGUCCGGCUUUGGAGCGAAGGAGAUCUUCGUGUCUUCGGUGCGGCCUCCGUCUUUGCAGCGAAGGCACUGCCACUUCCUUUACCAGCGACUCAGAGUUCGACUUUUCAAGUCCUUGCUGGCGCAGCUGCCAAAGAGCAGACAGCGCCUCAUGGAGGAAGCAGCAAAGGACGUGCCCCCUUUGCUGCGGCCAGAGAUUUGGGCCGCGGUGCUGGGAGUCAAUUAUGUCGGAGUGCUGCACACCACUCGGGCUGCCUACGAAGAGGCCACUGCUGCUUUAGGGCAGGGGGCCCUCGAGGCUCUGCACACGAGCGAGUUCUCGCAGUACCAUGAGUACCACGACCUGGUGGGCAGCAGAGAAGGGCGGCGGCGGCUGGCGAGUCUGGUGGGAGUGGCGCUGCAGCGGAACUCAAGUUAUGUGUCAGUGCGGGGGCUGGACGCUCUUGCUGCUCCUUUGCUGCUGCUGUUCUACGAGCAGCAGCACGUGGCGCUGAGCUGCCUCGAGAAGCUGCUGCAGGACUUCCAGCAGCACCUGUUUGCUGCAGACAGCGCCUGCUUCCUCCGCCGCCAACUCGCAACUUCCAACAGACUUCUCUUCUUCCUCGACCCUGCCCUCGCGCUGCACAUCAACAGAAUCGGACUGCACUCGGACAUGUACGCGCUGUCGUGGCACCUGACGCUCUUCUCCCACGUGCUGCCGCUGCAGCAGCUGCUGCUGCUGUGGGACACUCUGCUGCUGCAGCCGCCGAGCUUCGUGCACUUCCUCACAGUCUGCGUCUUGCACUUCUUGAGGACUCCUCUCCUCAGCUUCUCCCCCGGCGAAGAGUCCACGGCCAUUCGUUUGCUGCAGUCUUGUUUUGAAUUCGUUAAUGUCCCGGCCCUCUGUGCUGCAGCAGUGGCUCUGCAGAACGCUGUGCCUUGGUCCUUGACUCUUCUGCCCGUUCCCCCCCACGCCGCCGACGCAGCAGCAGCAGCAGCAGCAGCAGCUGCUGCUGCUGCUGGAGCUGCUGCUGCUGGCGUUUCGGAGGCAGCCGCUGCUGCUGCGCCGCCGCGCGGAGGAGCUGCGCGGCUCCCGCCGGAAGCAGCAGCAGCUAAUGGGGCAGCAGAGGAAAGGCCCGAGGGGGACGCUGCUGCAGGAGGUGUACGUACAGCUGGUGGUCCCGGGAAAGAUGCAAAAGGAAUGCAACUGGCGGCAGAGGCGCAGCAGUUCUUCAUUGGAGAUGGAGCGCAGAGCCAGGGGCAGCAGAGUGAGGCGUUUCUGCAGCAAAAAGACGAGUGCAGCACAUCUCCAGACUCCUCGAGAAGCCUCGCAGCAGCUGCCAGCAGCAGCGCGAAGAGCGAAGAAGCGGAAAGCGCGAGAAAAAGAACAAAUUGGAAAACAAAAGCCCUCAUGCGAGUCGUCACGGGCCCCGCCCUCAUCCUCCUGGGGCCUCCUCGAAAGCCCGCUGCAGCCAAAGCUGCACAGGCUAAGUCUGGAGGCGAAGACGCGCACUGCACGGACCCGAUGGACGCCCUUUACUCCAGCGAGCCGCUGGCGCCGCGCUGGUGGGAGAAAAUGAGCGAAAAAGAAUACUUAGAAAUGACUUCUCCGUCUUGGAGUGGAGGAGCUGCAGCUGCGGGGCUGGAGGGCCUCAGCAGUGGGGAGGACCUCGCGCUGCAGCCGCCGUGCAUAGGCGUGGACGUGCUGCUGCAGUUCUGCGAGGAGAGCGUGGUGCUGGACGUUCGCGCCCGCGGGGUCUUCGACGCAUUUCACUUCAACUCCGCAGUCCACGUUGCCCCCAAAGACGCCAGCGAGCUCACUGGCCUUUUGAAAGAAGGCCAGCUGACCCUCCCCGACCCCAGGGGCGUUUUGCUGCAGAUCCAGAAGCUCGGCAGCAGCAGGCCGCUGAUCGGCAAGGCGGGCCGCGCUGCAGCAGCAGCGAGCCUGGAGGCCGCCGAGGGGGCAGCGGAAGCUGCAGCAGCAGCAGCAGGGCCCGCAGCUCCCGACCCGCAAGAACCUGCAGCAGCAAAAGGAGCCCAGGGGGCCCCCCCAGCUCCCCGAAAGCCCUGGAUCUCGCCCACAAUGAGCCGCCUGCCUCUUAUUGUUGUUAUGGGAGACAAAGAAGACACUGGAGCUGGCCUGGCCCGCCGGCUGCUCGCUGCUGGGGUGUCUUGCGUUUGCGUCUUGCUGGGGGGUAUUGACGCAGUGCAGCUCGACGCCCCAAAUCAUUUCCUCACCCGAAAACACCAAACCUAA